CAGCGCGAGCGUCAUGGCGGCGAGUUAGGAUAUCGAUCCUGGACCAGUGGGAUGCUGGCCGCCCGACGUUUCGCCGAUCGCGCGCCACCAUUCAGCACGCUAAGUGUGUUGUUAUCUUGCCUUCUUGGCUUUUUUUUACACCUUUUGUAAUAAAACUACUGCCAAGGUACAUGUACCAAGGGGUGAGACCCUAACGCAGCGAGUGCUCACGAGUGUCGUACCUUCGCACGCAUUUGUAAACAGCGCCGAAAAUGCGAACAACGGUGCUCACAGUUUUGCUCAAUGUCUUGGGUGUCGUUUACGGAAACAUCAUUUUCGAAGCGAAUCCUGAUACGAAGAGACUCUACGACGAUUUACUGUCCAAUUAUAAUAGAUUGAUACGUCCUGUUGUUAAUAAUACAGAGACUUUAACAGUUUGGUUGGGAUUAAAGCUGUCGCAAUUAAUAGAAAUGAAUCUAAAGAAUCAAGUGAUGACAACCAACGUCUGGGUAGAACAGGUCAGUUAUGUAAUAGCUCGUUUCACUUUCGCAGUAGUAACCGAGCGUUACAGUCGGGCAAUCAGCAAACUGAUAUCUGUUCGUUUCUUGCAGAAAUGGUUUGAUUACAAAUUACAGUGGGAUCCACAAGAGUAUGGUGGUAUAGAUAUGUUAUACGUGCCUUCCGAGAACAUAUGGCUUCCGGAUAUCGUUCUAUAUAACAACGCAGAUGGUAAUUACGAAGUAACGUUAAUGACGAAGGCCACUUUGAAAUCCACUGGUGAAGUAUUCUGGAAACCGCCAGCCAUUUAUAAGUCGUCCUGCGAGAUCAACGUGGAAUAUUUCCCGUUCGAUGAGCAAUCGUGUAUUAUGAAAUUUGGCUCAUGGACUUACAACGGCGCUCAGGUAGAUUUGAAGCAUAUGAAACAGGAGUCUGGUAGCAAUCUCGUUGCGAUCGGUAUAGAUCUCACCGAUUUUUAUCUAUCAGUGGAAUGGGAUAUCCUGGAAGUACCAGCAACACGCAACGAAGAAUAUUAUCCAUGCUGUACGGAACCUUAUUCAGAUAUCACAUUCAAUAUUACGAUGAGAAGAAAAACUCUAUUUUAUACUGUCAACCUUAUUAUCCCAUGCGUUGGUAUCACAUUUUUAACGGUGUUGGUUUUUUAUCUGCCCAGUGAUUCCGGUGAAAAAGUAUCAUUAUGUUCUUCCAUUCUCCUCUCAUUGACAGUGUUCUUCUUGCUCUUAGCAGAGAUUAUUCCGCCAACCUCGUUAGCUAUACCUUUGCUUGGGAAAUACUUGUUGUUCACCAUGAUUUUAGUUACUUUGUCCAUUUGGAUCACCGUGUGCGUCUUAAACGUACACUUUCGAUCUCCUUCCACGCACAAUAUGUCGCCAUGGGUAAGACAAGUGUUUCUGAAUUGGAUGCCGAGAGUAUUGAUGAUGCGUCGCACACCAUAUUCUACACCAGAAUACGAUGAUAAUUACAUGGAUAGCGCAUACACUAACGAAAUAGAUUACAGUGUAAGUGACUAUCCUUUGGAACUGAAAGGAAGCCCAGAUGCGUUCGAAAGUGUUACUUCAACAUAUAAAAGUAUUAGAGAUGACGAUGCACGACACGUACCCCAUGCAUCAGUUACUGACAGCGAAAAUACGAUGCCAAAAUAUUUAUCUCCAGAUGUCAUAUCAGCUCUCAAAGGUGUGCGUUUCAUUGCUCAGCAUAUAAAAGAUAAUGAUAAAAAUAACGAGGUCAUAGAAGAUUGGAAAUUCGUAGCUAUGGUUUUGGACAGAUUCUUUCUUUGGAUAUUUACGAUCGCGUGUAUCGGUGGCACUCUAGGUAUAAUAUGUCAAGCACCUAGUUUGUACGAUACGCGCGUACCUGUGGACCAACAACUUUCCGGUAUAUCAUUGCGCAAGUACAUGUUUUUACCGAAUACAACUUUUGAGGAUUAACUACCACGUAUAAGAAAUGAUUCGCGUGUAAAGAGCAAUGACAUGUUAGUCGUACUCCAUAAAAACAGGUUCGCCACCUUUCCUCUGCAUUUCUCCCGCUAAAAGAAUUUAUCUAUAUUUUUCCAUAUAAUUCAUUCACAAAAAAAUAAUUUUUCAAUUUUUUCGAAUAUCUGAUUUUAUUGAAUAUCUGAUAUUGGAUAUCUGAUUUUAUUAAAUAAACAUGAUUGUUGUAAUAUUGUCAUGAUAUUCGCUUGAUUAAUACAAAAAGAUUAAUAACAUUAAGAAAAAAAAUUAAUAAUAUCAAUUGAACCACACAGGAACUAGAGCAACCAUUCGAUAAUCACGUUUUUUUUCACUUGAUAUCUUAAAUAUCAUACAUGAAAUUACAGAUUAUAUUAUAAUUUACGUGAUUAGAUCUGUUCUUUGUACAUUAUGUUACAAUUUCUGCAUCCAAAAUAAUACAUAUAUAAUUAAAUAUUGAAAAAAAAAGAAAGACAAAAUUAUAGAAAGUUAAGCAUUAAAAAGAACAGAUCUAUUUAUUAAAUCUUCUAAAAUCUCUUAGCGAUGUUGCAUUAUAACAAAAUCGUGCGAAUUUUUCCUCAUAUUAUACGUUGAAAUAGAUUAAUUUUCACGAAUUCAUGUGAUUUUGUUUGCUUCUGAUAUCAUAUAACUGCAAUAUGAGACCAAGUAAAUUUAGCCCUUAUUAAGAUAAGCAUUAUCAAACACAUCUUCCAUACGCUGAACUUAUGUAACGACCGUAGAAUGCGCGAAAAUAAAAUGAAAAAUAAAGUAUGAAGUUACGUAGUUUAUACACAAGAUCUCAUGUCGAUGUUAAUGAGACAUUCUUACUAUAAAGACGGAGGUAACUUUAUUUUCAUUUACAUGAUCAUUCCACACAGCGACUAUAUUACACGAUUAAAAUAAAAAUUCUAUUACAAUACUCGCUUAUCGCAGUCUCAUACGACUCAACUUUGGCACUACAUUGUUUGCCAAGUGAGAUUGAACAAAAUAUACGAAUUGUAUUUGUAUAUGGGAAUGCAAUGUUAUUAAAGUUACAAUAAAUGAAAA